AUGUUGCCAUGGCCGCCACCACCACCACAGGCGAGGCCAUACAAGCACUUCUGCAGAGUUUGCAGCAAGGGGUUCAUGUGUGGCAGCGCGCUCGGCGGGCACAUGAGAACCCACGCCGUCUCCGACGGAGAGCCUGGCGCCGGUGCCGACGACGACGAUGACGACGAGCCCGCCGUGCCGGAUGCUCCGUGGGGCCCGUCGUCCACGUCGUCCCCCGGAACGCACGUCUACGCGCUGCGGGCGAAUCUUCCUAAUCGCUUGAUCAGGGGUUGCCACGUGUGCAAGAACUGUGGGAAGGAGUUCUCGUCCAUGGACCUUUUCUUGGAUCACGGUAAGUGCAACUCCGGCGAAGAGGGGGGCGAUGGAGAUGCAGGUGGCUCGUUGCAUUCGUCGCCUGAUCCGUCCGUUGGCGACGGAGAUCAGGAGGAUGCGUCGUCGUUGGCCGCUGGAUGGUCAAAAGGGAAGCGGUCACGGCGCGCCAAGUUGAUCGGCAGCGGCGAAAUGCUCGCAAUGACGUCGUUGGACGAACCAGAAGAAGAGGAAGACUUGGCAAAUUGCCUUGUCAUGCUCUCGUCGUCGUCCAAGGCUGAUCAGCCGGCAAGGGUCGCCGAUACCAACCCAGAGCCGUGUGCGUCUGGCACUGGCAAGGUGCACGGGAGAAUAAUGUCUCAGCAGCCUCAGCCAUUAGCAUACGUCUUACCGGCGCCAGAUCCAACGAUGGUGUUGCCAUUGGCGUUACCAGCGCCGCAGCAUGCUUCGGCACCAAUUCCACGUGGCAUGUUCGAGUGCAAGGCUUGUAAAAAAUUGUUCACUUCGCAUCAAGCUCUGGGCGGACACCGUGCCAGCCACAAGAAGGUAAAGGGCUGCUUCGCUGCCAAGCCCGAGAGCAGCGUCAGCGCGAGUGAGCCACCUCACCACGCAGCAACGCUCGGCGGUCCCAACAACGAGAAGAGCAAUGCUUUCGCCCACGCCGUGGUCCAAGUCAAUGUGAGUAGCGAUGCCGACGCCAGGACAAACUAUGUGGAUGCCAGCACUGUUGGCGACAGAAAUGACGCCGGCACGAGCGAGGCCGCCGAGCCAUCCCUGUCAAUGGCCAUCGUCACCACCGGUACUGCGGACCAUGAACCGCCGGUCGUGGCACUAGCUCCCGCCGUUGGAUCGUCCAAGAGGAAGGCCAAGAUGCACGAGUGCUCUGUCUGCAACCGCCUCUUCUCCUCCGGUCAGGCGCUCGGAGGCCACAAGCGGUGCCACUGGCUCACCUCGAGCACUGGGGAGCACGGGAGCAUCGCACCCCUGAGGGCCGAAGGCCUACUGGGCGCAGCCGGCUACCAGCUCACUCUCCGUCCAUUGGUGGACGCGCCGGAGCCGGAGCUAGACCUCACCAUCGCGGCUAACACUAGUGCCGGCAACAGCUCGCUACAUCUCGACACGUCAGCGCCACUAUACCUCCAGGCGUCAGCGGCACCAACAAGCAACAACCCAAGCCACCAAAACAAGAUGGCAGCAACGAGCAGCCACAACGUCAACGACGCUGUGGGUGCCGGCGCCGCCGCGGAGAACGAGGCGGACAGCACGGCGUCCGCCAAGAAAGCCAGGCUUGGUGGCCUCAAGGCCGUGAGCACGACGGGGGAGACCACGCCUUGGCUGCAGGUCGGCAUUGGCUCCUCGUCGGCGGAUGGUGAUGGGAAGAGUACUGCUCGGGAAUGA